CAGCAAACCGCGGAGUGACCAUUUGCCGUCUGCGCGAAAUCCGCUUAGUGUCGAAAUAGUUUAGCUCUGGUGGAAAAAUUGGAAGCGACGGUUUAUUGUGAAAAGUGCUGUGGCGUCGAGAGGAAAAAAGAAGAGGAAAACGAUCGGGAUAAAGAAAAACGAUCCCCCUCUCGAGAACAUCUUGCAGUGAGUUGCGGAAAACCAUCAAACAGCUUUGGACCGACUUCAAAGCGAUUGCACAGUUGCACAGAAGUGCAGAACAAAUUACGAGGCGGUGUUCGCUGGCCAGAACUCUAUUUGUCGAAGUGAAUGUAGUGAAAAGUUGAACGCUGAAAAAUCCCCAAAAAAUCAAGAAGCAAGUCGAAAAGGAAGUGGUAAGCGAAAAGAGUGAAUUUACAACCAGACGCCAGAACACAAGUGGAAAACUCUUAAUCAGAAAGUUAUUUUCACUCUCCGUGGAUCUCGUCUUUUCCGGCAUGCUUGUGCCCUCGAACGUAGCUUCCGAGCAAAACAAGCGAGAGGUGAAAAUUAAAUUUUGAACAAAAGUGAAUUUCGAUAGAAGCUAUUCGGAGGAAAAAAAAGUUAAUGAAGUUCGGUUGCCCGGGGAAGCGGGAGAAAUACUUGAAAACAGUCAGCAUCGUAAGUUAUUUCUGCGAAGUGGAAAAGUAAGCAAGCAAAGGAGCAGAAACUACGACAUAAUCGGAGAAGUGAACGGUAUUCGUCCGGAAAACAGCAUAACCUCAAGAAAAAUGCUGUCCUUUCUGUUGUUCAUAUUUCUAGCAGCCCCAGUGGCGCUGCGUGCCGAUAGGACUACCACCCUUCCAUCGGCGGUGUUGGCCACAGAGAGUGCAGAUGAUAACGUCCAUAAACCAAAUACAUCCAUCAAUUUUCGCAAACCAAAAAGAGCCAACGGAGAAAUACCAUUGUUGAUUAUUCGACCGAUUGACAAGAAGAAGAAAAUUUACUUCAAGGAACCAGUGGUGAAGAUUAUGUCCGGCGGAGUCGCGUCGUAUGUGAAUUACCCCGAGAUCCAUCCAAGCAACGAUGAAACUUUCGCUCUCGAGCACAUGUUACCAAUCCUGGGACUGGAAUCAAUGGUUCUCAAGAAUUCACCCAAAGGUCAGCAUGUGCCGAAUCACUUUGUUCCUUCGCCACAGUUCAAACCGUCGGACGUUCAUUACUACUCACAGAAAAACAACGAUGAUGGAUAUGCCCAGCAUUCGCUGAGUGCACAUAAACAUACCGAAGUUGCUUCCGCACAUCCAAUAUCUUCUCCACCGGUGUCUUUAUCCAGUUACAUAUCACCAAUCAAUAUAGAGGAUCACCUGUUAAAGUUUGGCCAACAGCCCAACAGUAAUGCGGAAGGGGCGCCUCAAUAUUCAGCGUUGGUGCAGGAGAAACCAGCAUUCGUCAAACCGGAGUUGUUACCCAACAAAUAUAAUUUCAACAAACCACAAACAGAAACCAGAGAAAACGUUAAAACUAUCCCGUUAAAUAAUCAUCCUGGACUAGGAGCGGGUAAUCAUAUCUUCCUCAACGGCGAAUCACAUAAGCAUCACAAUUUAGGGCAUGGUUUCCACCCUCCGCCUCCUUCGAAGUGGCAGGAACACUAUGUCUACAAGCCCCAGAUAGUUAGUCCAUUGUCGAUUUCCACAAGUCACUUCAACGUGGUGAACCCGAACGCAGCCAAUACUCAUGAGCAAAGCCAUCACAGACCACACCAUCAUUCAUAUCAUUCCGCUCCUCAAGCCCAAACACAUUUGAAUUUCUAUAUUCCCAAGGAAAUUGAUACCCAUCCUCAAUCACACUUUCAACAACAUGUCGCACAGCAGUCGAUCCCGCGACCUACUGUAUCACUGAAACCGGUUCAAAGUGAAGACCACGAAAUCAUCCCCCGACAACCCACCCACGAGGAACCCACGGAAGCAGCCGAAAGGCCAAACGGGCUUAACACACAGGUACUGACGAAUCACCAAAAUGGUGGUCAUCAAUCCAGCUACUAUAUCCACAAGCAGUUUGAAUUCUCGAAGCCAAACAGCAACGACAACAGGGUCGUCACCGAAUUCUACGGCACUCAGAACCGAACCAAGGGAGCCAGGGCUCCACCACAAUUGGACGCAUCUUCUUUCUCCGCCCAGCCGUAUCUUCCAAUCAACCAAGCCAGACCUCAUCAACAGCUGGCAUCCGCACUCACUCUGCAACCCUCACAGCAGAAAAACCAGCAUUCCCAGAAACACCGAAAAAUCAACCGAAGGAACCACGAUACAGCCAAGCCGCCGACGGAACUUCGGCCGGCCGUGGAACAGGAGACUUCCGAUACAAUUCAAUCUAUAAAGACGGUGGAACCAGCGGAGAAGCAGCCAACGGAGGUGAAGGUUGAUAGUAAGAACACAGCCCAGCCACGAGUAGAUGACAAUCAGGAGAAACAAGCAGCCACCAGUGAAGGGUCGACUACGCGGCCGGCCAAAAGGAACAUAAAACAACGGUGAUUCCCUGGAAAGGACUGGUCGAUGCAACAACCACAUAACCUCAAUAAUCAACUCAAUCGCCUCGGAUUACGGAGGAACACAUCAUAUACCUGAAACUUAGAUACGACGACAGAAGAAGAAGAAUAAGAAAACAACCAAAACGUGUUUCUUGCGGAUUAAAAGGAUCGAUUUUUUUCGCGGAAGACGCAUAUCGAAAUGAAGAAAGUGUUUAAAUAUUGUAUUCGGAACCACGGAGACUUUUGUAAUCUAUUUAAAUUUAUGUGGAUGAACGGAACUGUUACCGUUACGGUUUGUUCAUAGUGGAAUUCGUUUGAACAGAUUUCAGUAUAAAAACGUCUGAAGAAUGAUUCUUCUCAUUAACUUGAGUGAAAGAACCUGAGGAAUGUGAAUGAUGUAAAUGAGAUAAACGGGCUUAUUUAGGUGACUGUGUGAUCGUGAUUUGUUGUGUAAAUUUUCAAUGUGCUCAAGAGCGAACACCAAAUCUCGCGGAAAUUUCUGUUAACACCCUUCCAUGGGGAAUGACUUUCGCUAUAUAGGUCUGACAACUUCUCACAAUUCCUUCUUCGUCUGUCCUUCCAAAAUUAGAGCAUGAGAAAUCUCAGUUAUCAUCAUAUCUCGUUUUUAGUUAUUUAUUAUACUCAAAAGCGAUGUAUUUAUUGCUAGUGCGCAACUCUUUGGCGGCGCUUUUAAACCAUAGAUUGUAUUUCGAAAUAAAAUUAUAUAAAUUCUGAAUAAAAGAGAGACGCAUCUUUUUAUUUGGCAAACGGUGUAGCGGUUGUUAUUUUGAAUAGAAAUAAGCAAACGAAAAUCGUAAUCAUCAACGUUUUUCCCCACCCAAGGCAAAACCUGGUAACUGUCUUUUUACGCUUAUUUUCUGUUUUUUCAAGUGCAAAUAACAGGGUAUUCGAACAACGCAAGAUGUCAGCGUUACCAAAUGCUACGAAAACCAAUGAUCAUUUUCACACGAACGUAACAUACGAGGGUAGGCUGAUUAGUAAUGGUACACCUCUACACGCCUGCGUAGUUUGAAGGUUUUGCUUUCAUCCAGUUUGUAUUGACCAGUGGAACUAUGGCGGCGUUCUGGUACUAUGUUAACGCGAAUUAAACAACGUGUGGUUGUCGAAUUUUUAACUGCUGAGAAAGGUGUGGUUCACAAAUUACUUAACGUCAAAAAAGUGGUUUUUACCCCCUGUUCUCUCCUCCCCUAUGUAACAAUAAGUAACACAAGACAAACCCCCUAUUGAGGUAUAAUUUGCGUUAUAUCGAUUAGCAG